AUGAGACAGGAUGUAGAGAAACCGUCAGAUCCAGAUGGGCUCAUCCUUGAAGCCUGGGGCCAGGGUCUUAUGGUGGGAAGCCUACUUAUUAUGGCCGCAAUCACAAUCGCAAACAUGAAGAAGCAUGUCCUUCUACAUAAGCUGAUCUUCGCCGAGCUGCUUCUUGGCAUGCCUCAUGGUACCUUCAUAUUUCCCAAACCACCCGCCUAUGGAUGGUACCUGUCUGUGACAGCAAUAACGCUGAAUGUCUCCUGGGAACUACACAACGUCAUCGCGUGGAUGAAGAAUCGACCCUUUCUCCCGUCCCGCAUCUCCAAGCUCUAUAUCAUCACCGUCAUCCUGUGUUGGCCAUAUUGGAUCCUAGAGAUCUACGCCAACUUUACUUAUUACAACAACAUUAACGGGAUCUUCCUACGGACAAGGCCUCUCGAGCCUAUUUUCAGGGACCCAUGGUGGGUGUUCACCACGAUCUCACUUUUCUGGACGAUCAAGCGCGAGUAUGGGUUUGGCAUUUGGGAGCUUGUCAUCGUCAGUCCCCGCUUCGGAAUCAUGCUCCUCGCCAUGUGCCUGUCACUCGUUUUCAUUAUCAUCGACACACUCAGUGUUCUGAAAGUGUUUCAAGACACGCUCCCUGUCGGCAUACAGCCAUUCUGGAAACUAUCGUUCAUCUUCAAAUGCCUUUGUGAUACCGUUAUUCUCGAUGAUUUCAAAACGGCGCUGGACCGCUUAAGAAACCAUUGGUUGCGCAAACAGAACAACAUCGAGAUACUCCUGACAAACACACACAGCGGACGAACGCCUGCACAGUAUUCAAUUCAAAUAGAAGAUAUUCAACCCGCAAUGCCCGGGUCUAUUAUGCAUGAGCUGCGCAAUGCCUUUGUCCCCGAUCCCGGUAUCCUUAUCGGUUAG